AUGAGUGGCGACGAUGUAACUAUAAUGGAGGUGGACGAAGUUGAACCUGCGACUUCAAAGUCUGUUGCAUCAGUCUCGUUGAAAACCGCACAGUUGCCGUGGAUAGAAAAGUAUCGUCCUCAGAAAUUUUCAGACAUUGUUGGGAAUGAAGAUACCGUGUCACGGCUGGCUGUGUUUGCAAAGGCGGGCAACGCUCCUAACAUUAUUAUAGCCGGUCCGCCAGGUGUAGGCAAAACGACAACUAUUCUAUGCUUGGCACGAGCUCUACUCGGAGUGGCUUUCAAAGACGCCGUGCUCGAGCUCAACGCAUCGAACGACCGCGGAAUUGAUGUAGUUAGAAAUAAAAUAAAGAUGUUUGCACAACAAAAGGUGACACUUCCCCCUGGACGACACAAGAUAGUGAUACUGGAUGAGGCAGAUAGCAUGACUGAUGGAGCACAGCAGGCUCUUCGACGGACAAUGGAGCUUUACUCGAGCACCACACGGUUUGCUCUUGCCGCUAACAACAGUGAGAAAAUUAUCGAACCUAUACAAUCACGUUGUGCUGUGCUUCGUUACUCUAGGCUCACUGACUCACAGAUAUUAGCAAAGGUGGUAGAGGUGUGCGGGAAGGAAGGUCUCUCGUACACCGAGGAAGGGGUGUCGGCCGUGGUGUUCACGGCGCAGGGAGACCUGAGAGCCGCACUCAACAACCUGCAGUCCACGGCGCAGGGCUUCGGCCACGUCAGCCCCGAUCACGUGUUCAAGGUGUGCGACGAGCCGCACCCGAUGCUCAUCCGCAAUAUGCUCGAAUCCUGCCUCAAGCGGGACAUUCACGAGGCCUACAAGGUGAUAGCGAAGCUGGUGAAGCUGGGCUACGCCGCGGAAGACAUCGUCGGUAACAUUUUCAGAGUAGCCAAGACGUUGGACGCGCCCGACGACGCCAAGCUGACGCUGAUCCGCGAGAUAGGGCUGACGCACAUGCGCGUGGCCGACGGCCUCUCCUCGCCACUGCAGCUGGCCGCCCUGCUCGCGCGCAUGUGCCACGGCUCUUGA